AUGAGGGCAACGAGAGUGUUGCAUACACCGCCGCUGGAGAUACUGCAGGAGAGGGGUGUUCACAGCUACUCCUCAGAUGGAGCUGCGGUAUCGCGCCUUUCCAACGCAAAGGUGGUUGGGGCGCUUCAAAAGCUCUGGGGCAUUCUCUUAAGUGAAACAGCGGAGACGCUGAUGAUAGCCCUUGCCUCACGCAUGCCCCCACCCUUGGUCUUCCGCAGGGAACUGCGCUCACCCAACGCGAACUCGCGCCGGAUUCCCACCGUGCCGGGUAAGAUCCCCCGCAGUGAACCAGAGGCAUGUGCGGGCCCUCUGCUACAGUGCGGUUCUGUUCAUGCGCAUGAUGUCGUCUCUGUGGGCCGAGGAUUUGACGGAGCCCCGCUUUUGCUUUUCCUGUCCUCUGCCUUUAACCAGGCGUCCGCCGGGGGCGGGAUGGGCGCAAGCCUGUCGAACUUAAGUGGUGGCGGCAGGGCGUUUAAAAACUGGGCCCCGCGUCAGUGCUGA